CUCGUCCUUCUCCAAUCUCCGUGUUGUUGUUCCCGGUGACGCGGCGGAGGUGUAGCCUGACGCGGGCUCUUACGUGUCGGCCAGAAUAAAAGUGGAGCUCCGGAGGCCCGGGAGUGACGAGGGGAGUCUGUAUCGCUCAGCCAAUGAAGAUGGAGUCAGCAGUGGAGGCUCAGCAGGGGGUGGAGACUGCUGUGACUGAGACAGAGACCCAGCAGAUCACCCCGGCACAGAUCGCUACUUUGGCACAGGUAUCCAUGACAACGGGUCACGCCUCAGCAACAGGUCCCACAGUUACGCUGGUACAGCUUCCCAACGGACAGACGGUUCAGGUCCAUGGUGUCAUCCAGGCUGCGCAGCCGUCUGUUAUCCAGUCCCCACAGGUCCAGGCUGUACAGAUCUCUACCAUAGCAGAAAGUGAGGAUUCACAGGAGUCAGUAGACAGUGUGACAGACUCUCAGAAGCGCAGAGAGAUUCUGUCUCGACGACCCUCAUACAGGAAAAUCCUGAACGACCUUUCAUCCGACGCACCGGCUGUCCCUCGUAUCGAGGAGGAAAAGGCUGAGGAGGAUUCAUCUGCUGUUGCUGCCACACCAUCCAUCACCACGGUUACUGUCCCCACACCCAUCUACCAGACCAGCAGCGGCCAAUACAUUGCAAUCACACAGGGUGGGGCCAUUCAGCUGGCUAAUAACGGUACAGAUGGAGUCCAGGGCCUUCAGACUCUGACCAUGACCAAUGCAGCAGCAGCUGCACAGCCUGGAGCCACCAUCCUCCAGUACGCACAGACCAGCGACGGCCAGCAGAUACUGGUUCCCAGUAACCAGGUGGUGGUCCAAGCUGCCUCUGGUGACGUUCAGGCCUAUCAGAUCCGAGCAGCCCCUGCCAGCACCAUCGCCCCUGGGGUGGUCAUGGCCUCGUCUCCUGCCCUCCCCACCCAGGGCGCUACUGAGGAGGUCACCCGUAAACGGGAAGUCCGCCUCAUGAAGAACAGAGAGGCAGCCCGUGAAUGUCGCAGGAAGAAGAAGGAGUAUGUUAAGUGUCUGGAGAACCGAGUGGCCGUCCUGGAGAACCAAAACAAGACACUAAUUGAAGAACUUAAAGCACUUAAAGACCUUUACUGCCAUAAAUCUGAGUAGUUCCUGUCCUGAACACCGAGGUGGGAAAAGUAGCAUUUCGGUUCUUUUCAAAUACUUUGACUGUUUGAUUCUGCCUGCCUGGCCUUCCAGUUUGCACAUGGCUGGCUCUUUUUUGAUGAAGUCGCCCUAAUCCAGUUCUGCUUACACUACCUUCUCUUCAGGAGUCAUUAUAAUACUUUUAAAAUACACAAAAUCGUUACAGUGUCACUACACUGAAAACACCCAGGUCUACCAAUGUCUAAUAACCAGGUCUGAUGAUGACAGUGGCAAAACCUUAUAGUCUAAAACCUUAGCUACAGCCCUGUGCAACAUCAUUAAAGGGGCAAAAUCAGCUGCUGACACAGGCUAACAUGGGGCUUCACACAUCUUUGAUUGUGAGCCUGUGUCUAAUUGUCAUAGAUUUGGCUAAUACCCGUACAGGUUAGUGUAACACUGUACUCAUCACGGUCAUUGUAGAGAUACUUCACUGUAAAAUGAGUCCAGUGAGGCUGAGAAAAUGCUGUCCUUAAAUCAGCAACAAACGGAACCUCCCUGUGGUUCGUGUAGUUCAAAUCUGUUCGAGGCUCAUAUUUAAUCGACCUCAUUGGACUCCAGUCGAGCACUUGUGUUUACUAUGUAAGCAAUAAUGGCCGACAAGUUGUCCUUGUAGCAUUACCUGCAGUUUAAUUUACCUUCCCCUAUGUUUUACAGAACUUAUGUUUGACGCUUCCCGAUAUGUGACUUUACAAGCACCUGCUAAAUAUUGAUGAAUUAAUACUUUCUGUUGCCAUGGUGAAAUGGUAACUUUAUAUUCACAGUGGUGAGUUCAGUGUGACCCAGAUUGUAAAAUACAAUAUUUUUGCCUGCUGUUUGGUACAUUUUAGCAUAUGUUCAUACUUUAUCCUAAAAUAAUUUGUACAACAAUUAUGACUCUUGACAUUUCUGUGUCAGGCAAGCUCAGUCAGUUGCAGUUAAAGGCUUUGAUUGAAUUGUGAAUCUCUACUUGAUCCACGCCCUGAUGAAUGAACCAACGUUCAGAGAUACGGCCACUCGUAUAGCGGACUCUACAGCUAAUUCGGCACGAACACGUCUUUUUUUCUAAGUGUUUUUAAAGAUGCUACCAACUGCCGAUCUUGAAGGAACAGGAACUGUGUGUGUGUGUGUGUGUGUGUGUGUGUGUGUGUGUGUCAGGAGACAGUGGAUGGCUGCAGUCAUGUCUCUUAACAACAGGCGCAUUGUCACAUUUUUCAAUUCUCUCAUAUUGUUGUUCUGCUUCUCCACAACUGACAGCUGUCAGAGAUGCUAAAAAAUAAGAUUAUUAGUAGGAUGAGGCACACUUUUAAAGAAAGAUUGCUUUUACUGCCUGGGGUCCCAUUUUUAUAGUUUUAGCCAAUAUUCCUAUUAGUUAUGGUAACAUUUUACUCACUCAAAUCCAGUAGGGGAACAACACAAGGGGCCAUUUUAUCUAAAUUAUUUGGAAGUGAAAACAAAUCUAUAUGUUAAAGUAAUUACGCAAUCUGGUUGCUGUGAAGGAACACUGUACUUAACUGUAGUUCUGCGCAAAAGCAAAGCAAAGCACAAGUUUAAUGGACACUCGGGUAUGUUCAUGGUUUAGUUAACUGGGAGAUUGUUUAUAACUUCUUGCUCCCAUGGCUCACUGGGUCCCCAGAUAUCAGCACUUAACUGAGUGAGUAAAAUGUCUUGUAAAAGAUGACAGUGAUGUCAAAAAGGAUGAAAAGAAGAUCCAAUUGUACAAAAAUGCACAUUAUUGAGUAAUUUUAACACCACAGACUUCAUCUCAUUGUAUUUUUUCAGUGUUUUCUAAUAUUGUGUCUGUUUUGCAAUGUCUGUUAAGUGGUGGUAAAAUAUGGGUGGCAACAACAUGUGAGAUUGCAGGGCCAUUUUUUUGAAGGGGACUACCCAUUGUUCUGAAACCCUAAUAGUCCAAAAACUGUCCUGUUGUAACCACAGCCUGUUGUUAUAAAAUACACACUGGCCCUGGAGUUUCUUUCCCCUAAUCUAUUUUAUUUAUUUGAUAGGGACAGUGCACAGCUUCUUAGCUAUACUAGCUGCGACGUUGUGAAACAGCCGCAGUUUGUUUAAGUUCACACACCAACACUACUUGGUCAGGGUAAGGAAAAGAUGCUUUGGGUUAAAAUAACUACAUGAGUUAUGUCAGUUAAGUGCAUAAGUUAAAUUACAUUAUGUAUGUGAUGUAAGUUAAAACACUACUUAAGUUAUACCAUGCUGGUAUUUUCAGAGCAACGGGUAUUUGUUUUCAGGCUGUCAGACAAAUGGUCUUUCGAUCCAAUGGGACAUUUUUCAGACUAUUGGGGUUUUAGAAUAAUGCAAGUAAACCUGGCUGCUACCAGGUACUCCUCCAAUAAGUGGCCAUUGGAGCAAUGGCAUGGCACUUUUUCAACAUGUAGCAGAUUGGAUUCUUUGUGAAAUCUACAGAAGAUAGGCUAUAAUUAUUAGUUUAACACUAAUAAUGGAAGACGUAUGUUGUGUUGAAAAGAGAUCCCUUUUGUGGGACUGUGUGUAGUUUUUGAGAAGAUACGUGUACGUAUUCGUAUAACGUCUGUUUAUUUUUUAUAUUACUGUACAUAGACUCUACAGCAUGUGUAGACCUUGUGUAUUUCUGUUUAUUUGAUAUGAAAUAUGUUCUUAUGGCUUGUAUGAAACCAACUUUGCAUAUUUGUAACAUACAUCAAUGAAUAAUAGAAGACAAUGUAUUUGUGUAUUCAUGUAAUCCACCAGGCCUACCACCGUCAUGGCAGCUAAGUGUAUGAGAAAAGGCCUUUGCUGGAGAUGUUUUAUUUUGGAGUGUUGUACUCUGUUUAGGAUUGACUGUGUGUUUUUAGAGAAGAGCGAGUCUGUUGGGGUGGACAACAAAACAAUUUUUAUAAUUCUUUUUUUUUUUUAACUGCACAACAAACCCUUCCGUUUCUUUAAACUCAGCCACACAUGUUCUUAACUGGAGAUGUAUUUUUAGCUCAUAGGCCUAGAGAAAUGGCUGCAUCAGUAACUGUUCCAGUCAAUCAAUUGAAUGAAAGCACAAUUCUUCUUUAAGAUACAUGUGAGUUAGUUAAUCCUCAACCCAAGUAUUGGCUUCUAUUACAGAUGGAAACUAACUCUAAUCCUCUCUAAACUGUGUCAUUUUGUUACAGAAACUCCAAAUUCUUAAUUUUUUCCCCUCCAGCUCACUGUUGAUUUGUGAAUCUUAUUCAUUGAGUUGGAGUUAUAUCCUGGUAGCUACUAUUUCUGAGCCCCAUCAAUGUUCAUUCGUGCCCUUGGAAAGUUUAACUUAACUCAAGGUCCACUUACUGUAACAGCUUUGGCCAACGCUUCAGCUGAUGGCGUUAACUCAGGUGUCAUUACAUCACAGCGCACCGUAUGGGUACUAUACGUAUAUGGGCGUGAGAUAAUAACCCCUUGAAAGCUCGGGAAGCUAGUAAGUGGACAUUGAGUUAACAUAACAUGACUACAAAUCUAUUUCUGUGUUUCAUAACCUCGAUCAUGUGGUGAGAAUAAAUUUGGGGGCAUUAAUGGUCACUCUAACAAUUAGAGUGUUUUCCUUAAAAUAGGUUUGUUUUGUAUUAGUUUUUAAAAGAUCUUCAGUUCAUGGUAGCUCUGCCAGUUUUAUUUUUCUAGUUUAAAACAUUUUGAUAUUGUACAGUAUACAGUGUGUAUUCGUAAUGUAUAGAGGAUUAAAGGGUUGAAUCGGCAAAAGGAAUCACACAGCACCUUAUACUAAUUUAGAAGGCUUUGAAUGAAUCAUCACCUACAGCACGUUAGCAUGUAGCUGUACAUGUUGUCCCUGUUUUGCCGUCCUACCUGUCACAGCUUUAAGUUUAGAGACAUAACAAAAUGCAGAGGUAAUCUUUCUAUAAUGCAUUUGGAGGGAUGAAAUGAAGUCUGACAAACCACACCUUUCGUCUUGCUGAUUGUAAAGCUGAUUAAUUUAGAGGAUAAAAUCACUAUUUAGUAUCAGAGCCGGGGGUUCAACAGCGUGCGUAGGGCUGGGUAGCGCUCCAAACCUUUAGAUACCGGUGCCAUCAGAUACUUGAGAUGAAAACUUUUGUAAGUAUAUUCUGAAAAAAAAAAAUAAUCAUGUUCACCUCUUGUAAUUCACACAUCCAGUGCUGGUGCUGAAAAGAAAAUCUAGUAAUAAUCUUUUUCUGUUGAUUUGAUAUAGUGAGCUCAACUUUGUGAUGUGAUUACACAAUAUCUUUCCAACAAAACCAAAAGUGUUUUCAUUUCUGUGCCAGAAUAGUUUAUUACCCACGGGCCUCAUUUCUGCAUGAAACAGAUUGAUUUCUAUGUGUGUAAAAUUAUAUAUAUAAUUUCUAGAACAGUAAUAAUAACAUUUUUCUAACUUUUAAUGUGAUCAGUUUAUAUAUUGCCACUUUUACAAGUUAUCAAUUUAAAAUGCCAUGUAUUGUAUAGUAUCUUGUGGAGACAAGGUAACUAAAUGAUUCAUUAUGUACUUUGUUUAAACAUCGUCACAUUAUAAAACUAUACCAGCCCAUUAUUUAAAGUGCUGUUACUCUGACAUUACAUCACUCUUUUGUAAACACUUGCUAUGUCGCAAUAAACUGCUCUUGAAGAUU